ACCCGAAGUUUAACGCACAACAACGCAGGGAGUUUACAUCAACAGAAGAUCCUACGGUUUUGAGUGAGCAGAGAAAAACAGAGAGGGAGGAAUGGCCGUGCAACCGGAAGAGAUAUUCUCGAAGUUUUUCGGAUUCGAGGACUGGGGACCCGGAAAUGGGCCGAAGAAAGCAGCGGCCAUUGUGAGGACGUUGCCUUGUACUUUGGAGGAGCUGUACAAUGGCGCCACCAAGAAGCUGAAGAUCUCCAGGGAUGUUCUUGGUGCCAGCGGAAGAAAAAGCACAGUGGAGGAAGUUCUAACAAUCGAGAUCAAGCCGGGAUGGAAAAAGGGCACGAAGAUCACUUUCCAAGAGAAAGGGCCCGACACACGGCGAGGUGUGAUACCAGCAGACAUUGUCUUCAUCGUCGAUGAGAAGCCUCACAGUGUUUUCAAGAGGGACGGGGACAAUCUGAUUGUCACUCAGAAGGUCUCUCUCGCGGAGGCUCUGGCGGGUUACACCGCGCAGCUGACAGCCCUAGACGGGAGAAAUCUGAGAGUCUCUAUCGAUUCCGUUAUCAGCCAGGCCCAUGAAGAAGUGGUUAGAGGGGAAGGGAUGCCUAUCCAGAAGGAACAAUCCAAGAAGGGGAACUUGAUUGUCAAGUUUAGCGUCAAGAUCCCGAAGCUCACCUCAGAGCAGAAAACCGGCAUCAGAAUGUUGCUGACAUCUUUGUGAACGCCGGUCGUUGAUUCGUAGAAGUCGGUAUUAUCUUCCGAAGUAGUGUAAGCUUUCCCAGGUGUAUACUAAGUAAGGUGUUUGUUGUGUUUGUUGUGUUUGUUGUGUUUGCUUGUGUAACAAGUAGAUUGCUGCUCUAUCGGCAAUGACAAUAAAUCCUUUGUAUGUAUGUUUUCAGCGUGUUUAAUUUCGUCAUCAAUCUAAAUCUGUGUUCUGAUGAAAA